UCAAAUACAAAAACCCUAGUCCCAUUUCUCCAUCUCUCAUCGCCUCCGUUGCGCCGCCGAUCCACACACACACACAGUAAGCAGCAAUGACGACCCGCCUGAGGAAGAACAGGAAGAAGAGAGGCCACGUCAGCGCCGGACACGGCCGUAUCGGAAAGCACCGCAAGCAUCCCGGAGGCAGAGGAAACGCCGGAGGCAUGCACCACCACCGCAUCCUCUUCGACAAGUACCAUCCCGGAUACUUCGGGAAGGUCGGUAUGCGCUACUUCCACAAGCUCCGAAACCAGUUCCACUGCCCCAUUGUCAACAUCGAGAAGCUCUGGUCGAUGAUUCCACAGGAUGUCAGGGACAAGGCGACAAAGGACAACGCGCCGAUGAUCGACGUCACCCAGUUCGGAUACUUCAAGGUUCUGGGCAAGGGACUCCUGCCGGAGAACAAGCCGUUGGUCGUGAAGGCGAAGCUCGUCUCCAAGGUCGCCGAGAAGAAGAUCAAGGAAGCCGGAGGUGCUGUUGUUCUUACUGCUUAGAAUUUCCUGCAUUUCUGUUUUUUUCUUUUUUAAAAAGAUGAGAUUUUUAGAUACAGUUUUAUGAGUUUUUUUUUUGUUUCCCGAACGUGAUGCUGUUAUAUUUUAAUUUCAGUUUAUGCAGAUUUUGCUUAUGCUUA